GUCCUUAAGAAAACCGAACGCUGGAGCUCCCCGUUAAUUCUCUUGCCCUUUGUUUGCCUCUCUUCGCCCACCGGCGGUGUUCGCAACCCUUGUCUGCUGCUCGUCUUCGAUCUCUCACAGUCUCACCUCUAGAACGCCAGAACAAAGGCCGGAUCUAGACACCUUCAGGCCGGCCGGUGCAUGGUAUUUCCGCCGGCGGAGGGGUAUCCCAUGGCGGCGGCGGCGGAUGCGCGUGAGAAGCCUCAGUCCUCCCACCUCCUCCACCACUUCUCCUUCCCGAACAUGAAGAGAUGGGGCAACCAGCGGAUGCUCCGCUGCGCCAACGUCAACCGCAAAGGCGAGAUCAUCGGCGGCGAUCGGAGGCCUCCACCGCCGGCUGCGGCCGGCGAACGGAGAGCUCUUCCUUCCGUAGCGCGGAUCCGAAGGCCGGAGGAGGAGGCGGAGGGUGGCGGCGGCGGCGACGACGACGACGGAGGGCUCGAGGAGCUCAGGGAGAAGCUCAUGGGCCAUCUCCGCGAGGCGGCGGACCGGAUGAAGAUCGGCGUGCCGCCGCCUUUCUUGGGAGGAGAGGCGGAGAAGGACGUGCCGGCGCCGGCGCCAGCUAGGGCGCCGGAGGCGGGGCCCUUGUCGCCUGCGGUGGAGGCGGCUAGGCCGUGGAAUCUGAGGACGAGGAGGGCGGCAUGCAAGGGCCCGAUCGGGACCGGAGGGCGGCCCCCGAGCUCUAAACAUGCUCCGGCGCCGGCGGUCUCGGAGAGAGGUGGUCGGGAGAGAACGGUCCGGCUUAGAUCGGAGAGCACGGAGAAGAGGGAGCGGCCCAAGUUCUCGGUCGCGCUCACGCGGGAGGAGAUCGAGGAGGACGUCUACGCGAUGACGGGAUCCAGACCUCGCCGGCGGCCCAAGAAGAGGCCUAGGAUCGUACAGAAACAGUUGGAUUCGCUCUUUCCCGGCUUGUGGCUCGCCGAGAUCACUGUUGACUCGUACAAGGUUCCUGAUGAUUAAACCAAGGACGGUGGCGCGGUUAGGCUCAACUUCGGUUAGCAAAUAGCAAACCGCCGCCUCGCCCAGUCCUCUCUUAAUUGUAAAAAUUGUGGAUUAAAUCUAGCCUAUAUUUUUUUUUUUUCAAAAAAAGUCUUUCCAUGGCUCAUAGAGAUAGCGACAGAUGUAUUUGAUUGGUUUAGCAUGUUCUUAUGUGUUCGUGUUGGCUUGAGCAAUAGCUAUCUGGUGGGGUCUUUUAUUUUCUAUUGUAUUGAGAUGAAACAGCUUUAUAUGGUUAUCAGUGGAAUUGAAUGGUUGUA